UUCAGCUUCGAAAUCUUCCAUUUGGAUAUCUUCAGUUUCUGAGAGGGAGAGAGUGGGACAAUGGCCACCUUCACGACUGACAAUCUGUGGGUGCUCACUUUUGGUGUCCUAGGUAAUAUCAUAUCCAUCGUGGUCUUUUUGGCCCCAGUGCCAACCUUUUGGAGGAUAUGCAGGAGGAAGUCGACUGAAGGGUUUGAAUCGGUUCCGUACGUGGUUUCUUUGUUCAGCGCCAUGCUUUGGCUGUACUAUGCAUCCCUCAAGUCCGAGUCCAACGCUUUCCUGCUCAUCACGGUCAACUCGGUUGGAUGCGUCAUAGAGACCAUCUACGUUGCUCUCUACAUUGCUUAUGCUCCUAAAAAGGCCAGGAUGCUGACGCUGAGGCUGCUUUUGCUGAAUUUCGGAGGGUAUUGUUCCAUUCUUCUUCUGUCCCACUUCUUAGCAAAGGGAUCGGCGAGGGUCCAACUUGUUGGGUGGAUUUGCGUUGCGCUCUCCGUUGCAGUCUUUGCUGCUCCUCUAAGCGUCAUUAGAAUGGUGAUACGCACUAAGAGCGUGGAGUUCAUGCCCUUCUCUUUAUCAUUUUUCCUCAUGCUCAGCGCUGUGACAUGGCUCUUAUAUGGCCUAUUCCUCAAGGACUUGUAUGUCGCGUGUCCAAACGUGUUAGGAGUCACCUUUGGAGUGCUUCAGAUGGCACUGCAUGCCAUAUACAGGAAGGGGAAUACUAUUGUGAUGGAGGCGGAGAAUAAUGAUACCAGUGUUGUGAAGCAGAGCUCUGAUAUACAAAGUUGCAAUGGGCAUGCCAUUGCCUCCCACAUCGAUACCAACGUCUUUGACGAGGACAAAGAGAAGUGCGAGAGAAGCUUGAUCAUCUUUAUUGAAGCUCCUGAUAAAGGACCAGUGGCCACUCCAUCUGAAGUUUGACAGGCGUCUGAGUUACUCAUAUGCCUGAUCAGGCUUUUUUUUUUCUCAGCAGCUAGCCAGCAGCUCCUAGCUAGCUUGCUCGCUGCUUCUGCUAUGUAAUAUGUAAAUGGAAGAGUCCGUGGGCGUGUGGGUGCUUGUGGGGGUGGAGUCUUGUUUGUGAAUGUUUAACUUAUUUUUUCCUGAUGGUACAGUUAUCAGACGCAUUACUCUUUGCGAAGCAGAUUCAGAAACGCACCGUUCUUUGCUGAUUGAUUGAUAUCAUCUACU